UUUGAUAAAUCUCAUUGACAGUUUUGACUAUCAAAAUUUUCUAAAAAUCACCAAUGUCAAAAAUUCUUGUUGUGGAAAAUCGUAAUCAAAAUGUGGAAAGUAAGAAAGAAAGUUCGCUAUCAAACGAGUGGAAAAAGCUAGGUCUGGACGUGAUGCUCCUCACUGGAAAUGUUUCCCAAGCCCACAAAAAGUUUAAAGGACAUAACCAACAAGGAGCAGCGAUCGGGGUCGUUGCUUGUGCCUUUGCUUAUUUGAAAAACAUGAAGUCGUGGAAAAAGGAAACUUUGGAUAAGAUUCUAGCAACUGGGGACGCUCUGUACCAUAAGAGUCGCCAAAUGGAAGGCCAGAAAUGCAAGGAUCAUCUCCUACCAAACCACAUUUACAAAUAUUUCUACCUGGGGAGCAUCCAAGUCAGCAUGAAAGUGGACGAAACCUUCCAACGGUUCAAAAUCCUGAAGGACUCCAACAUUGCGCAAAACCUAGUCAAUCACUUUGACACUUUCUUCGAAAGACACCAAUACGGCAUUUUGGUGUACCACCACCAGUUCUUAACUUUCUGGCAAUUUGGCGAAUUCUUCUUCCUCUUUGACUCAACCGAAUACGACCAGGAGGCCAACCGGUGGUCCGGCCCUCCAGGUCUCGGAGUCUGCAUCCUCUUACGCAUAACCCAAAUCCCCUUACUUGUGGCAAUGAUCCAAGUGAUCCUACCCUUGAAAUACUCAAACACCUUCACGAUUUACCCUUGCAAAGUGGAAAAAACAGUCAGAGUUAACACCAAACCACCGGACGCCCUCGACGUCCAAGUGAAGAAACUCGAAGGUCCGGUGAAGAAAGCGCUGGAGCAGUUUGUGGACCAAACACCAAAAGUCGAACCGGUGGAAGUUCCACCAGUGGAACAUGUUGACGAUGAAGGUGGUGGGGGUGAACCCGAAAUUGUGAAAAAAGCACCACCUGAAAGCGCAGCCCCGCCCCAAAAACCACACCUCGAACCAGUAACGAAAUACCAAGAGUUGGUGGAAGGUGUUUGUGGCAUUCUUCGGGCUUCGACCCAUCAAAACGACCCCAGAUUCAGCCAAAACCAAGACUCAUCUAACGCCUUAGCCGCCCUUUGCAUGCUACGCUUGCACAAAUCGAAGUUUUGGAACCGCGACAUUCUGAACCAAAUUCUGAAACUUGGAGAGUUGUUCCACACCGAAUGGUGCAACUUCCCAAACAUUGACGAUCGUCCGCACAACUUCACCAUCGAGGAUAAAAAGUACCAACCAGGUUUGGACCAUUCGGUGGUCGGUUGUGUCAAUUCCUCCCAGCCAAAUAUCCUAAGUUUGGGCGAAGCCCUAUCUAAUCAUUUCCUGGACCAUGAUUGCGCUUUUUUGGUAAUUGACACCAAACGUCAGGCUUUUUGGCGCGAAGACGGCAAGUUCUACCUGUUUGAACCCAACGAGUGCGACGAGUGUGGUACUCUUGUCGAAAACCAAGACGGCAAGGCUUGUGUGAUGUGGUUCACCCAUUUUGGUGAUUUCCUGGCCAAAAUUUUGGCAAACUUGAACCAGAAACAGCACAAGGCGUAUUUCAGUUUGUAUAAAGUUGAGGUUAACGAUGUUGAGGAUACGUCCGAUGAUUGGAACGCUUUCAAAUCGCUAACUCCUCAAAAAUGGAUUUUGAGGGGUACUUUCAGUCAGAAAGAUCGUAGGUUUUCGGAAGAAACGCGCAACUCUCAAUGUGGGGCUAUGGCAGCCAUGGCCUUGGCCUUUCGGACUUGGAUCAACGUUGAGGAGUGGAACUCUGAUACAGUUGACACGAUCUUGGAACAUGGAGACAAGUACUACCAAACUUGCAUCGAACAUUUGAAGCAAACCGAUCGGUACAAGCACCCACACUUGAUGGCAGCAGAGCUCUACAAGAGCUACGACGUUGAGAAUCGCCGUUUCAUGUUUGAAAUCGACGAUUGUCAAGUCUACGGUAUUGUCAAUUCCAAGAGUCCCUCAAUUUUGACUUUGGAGCAAGGUUUGAGUGAGUUUUUCCAAAACUGUGACGGUGGAACUGUGACUUCCAACGACCAGUCAAUGGCAGUGUGGCGUUCCGGUGACUCGUAUUUCUACUUUGACUCACACAGUCGUGACAAGGAGGGCCUUGCCUGUGCCUUUGGCACUGCUUGUGUCCUCCGGGCCUUAGAUCUGGCCCAACUGACCCAAAUCUUCCUGUCAAACUUGAAUGCCGACCGUUUGAACUUGUUCGAAAUCAGUCGGAUUGAUGUCAAGAUUGUUGAAAUCACUGACGAUGGUUUCGUCAAACCUCCACGGUACAACUACGACGAACUGAACGACUUUACGACGAUUCUUCGGGCGAAUUUCAGUCAAAGGCACCAGAAGUUUGACUUUUUGAACAGGGGGAAGCAAACGGUACCGAACUGUUUGGCCGCGCUUGCCAUGAACAUGCUCAUACCGUCCGAAUAUUGGAAGAAGGACGAUUUGGACCAGGUUUUGAAUUUCGGUGACCGACUUUAUGCCUUCUCCAUGGCUGCUAAUUUCGUCGAGCAAGUGUCUUGUGACGAAAUCACCACGGACACGGUCCAGAAACAAAUCGUGGUUGGAACAAACUUCUUCGAGUUUCAGUUUGAUGACUACACCACGGGGAACUUCGAGGAGAACAUAACGAACGAUUUGGAGGCUUUGAACCAACGCUUGGCGGAAGGCGGGAGUGAGAUUUUCCAGUCUGUUUUAGAAUCCCCACUACUGACAGUUUCAAUGUGGCGUGAUGACAAUACGUUUUACCUCUUCGACCCCCAACCGAGGGAUGAACGAGGUCAAGUGUUUGGUAAAGAUGAAUGGAGUGCCAAAAUUGAGGAACCAACGGAAGAGUUGGUUGAGGAACCGACUGUUACAAUUGAAGAAGGAGGAAUUGAGGAACAGCCAAGUGUUGAAGUCCAGGUUGUGGACGAAUUAAAACCAGAACCAGAACCAGAGAUUGAAGAAAUGGAACAGCUGGACGAAGGUGAGGGAGCUAUGCCUCCGCCAGUCGAGAAGAAGGAUUCGCUCUAUUGGAGGAUUCAGGAGGAACAGUCGGGCAAGGCAUGUGUUAUGCGUUUUGGCCGUUUUGAGGACCUUGUCAGUCAUUUGGUCGAGAACAUUCCGCCUAACAAGCGCCAAACGACCGAAUAUUCCCUAAAAUUGAUCACAGUCUCAAAUACUCCCAUCAAACACGAAGUGGUGGAGUCGGAAGACGAGGAAAUCGAUGAAAUGAUCAUCGAUUGGUGCAAUUUUACUGAAAUCGAUCGCGGACGUUGGAUUUUACGGGCUAGUCGUUCCAUGUUUGAUCGUUUGUACCCACAAUCCAAUCAAGGGAAACAGGAGAUACCCAUGUCUAUGAUGUCCCUAGCUUUCGCCAAUUUGUACAACAUGAAGUGGUUCCAAGCCGCGUUAAUUGACAAUAUCCUAGACUACGGGGACCGACUAUUGACAGUUUUGAUGCGUUUGAGGAAACAACAGUUCAAGGAAAACAAGGAAUUGGUUUUAACUGAUCAAGAGAUUGACGAGAUCAUUUCCAAAACCUCCUUUGAUGUAGUCCAUUACCCCGUCAAAAUCUGCAUCAAUCGAAUUGCAAUUCGUUGGAGUGUGGAACUGAGUGUUACAACCGGAGAUACAACAUCCCAGUCCGAAGACGUCCUAAACCUCCAAACCGGUCUUGAGGACUUUUUCUCCAAGAAACAGUUUGGUCUUUUGCAUUGUAACACCUACACGGUUGCUUUGUGGCAACUUGGUGAUUAUUUCUACAUGUUUGACCCGCACCCUUGUGGCCCCAGUGGUGCCAAAUCCCCAGUUGGUGUUUCUUGUAUCACCCGUUUUGCAAUCCUUGCUGAUUUAGCUACGCUUUUUUUGAAAAACUUGCCCAAAAUCGGGGAACACUUCUUCGUCAUACAUUCCAUGUCGUUUGAGGUUGAAGGGGAGUGUCCUAAGGGUUUCCCGCCGUUGGAACCGGUCGAAGGUGUUCGGAAUCUUGGUGGUUUUGCUGCCAUUAUGCUAGGGAAGUCCAUUUUGCGCGGAAGCGUCAAACACAAAUGUGAGAACUUCUCCAGAGGGGUCCACAACCACAGUGCGACCAUUGCAGUAGUUGCCCUAGCUUUGGGUAAAGUGAGACACCCCUUGACUUGGACCAAAUUGAUAAUUGAUGAGGUUUUGACUUUUGGGGAACAAGUGUAUUUUGAGACUUUGGAACGUCUCGGUGAUAAAUUUGAUCCUUGGAAGGAUGUCCUUGAACUUGCCGACACUAACAACGACUUCCAAAUCGGUGUAGUUAAAGUCAAUUGGACCAUACCGUCCGAUGAGCGAAUUUGGGGCAAAGUGGACGUGAAAAACUCCGAUAUUUUGAAUUUGAGGCAAGGUUUUGAGAAGUUUUUUGAGCGUUACACCCGUGGCGUUCUCCUAGUGCAGAGAUACAAAUUGGCGGUUUGGAAGCAAUGCCACGAUGAGUUUUUCUAUUUGUUUGAUCCGAAUUCACGUGGAGCGACUGGACUUCCAACACAUGGUGGUGUGGCUUGUGUUUUACGGUUUCACAGUGCGAAAAUCGGGGCUGAUCAUGUGAUUGCAUGCUUGCAAUCAAGCGAUGAGCUAACGUCGAUUUUUCUCUUUGUUCCGAUUGAAAUGAUUACGAAAACGGUACGAAGUCCUAAAAAACGGACUUGUCGGUUGGAAAUGACUACGUUGAAGGGACCUUCGCCUAAACCAUAUACCGGUAAGCCGGUCACGUGUCCGAAAUGGGCCCAGCAAGUCAUGCAGAAUCAAACUUUGGAACGAGCGAUUGAAGAACGUGUUUUGAAAAGUCGCCACAAGAGUCUAAACAUGUUGGCUCGAAUGAACAUGCACCAAAUGAACAGUCGGGAGGCUAUAGUACGAGGCGUACGCCCCCUGUACCCCAAUAGUGACCUCUCUGUCAACUACAUCGCCUUCACAUACUUCAUGACGAGUCAAGAUUUGGACUCCUGGUCCUGGUACCACAUCGAAAUGGUCCUCCAGCUUGGCAAACAACUCCACAUUGACUCAGUCGUGGCGUACAAACUGCCCGAGAAAAGGCUCACGAUUUUUGAGGUGUUGAGGACGUUUGAGUGUGGCAAUAGAAUGAUCAAGCUGAAAGUCCACAAACCCAUCGUAGUGUCUGAUUUGACAAAGUUAAACGUGGUCAAGUCACUGGAAAGUGUGUUUCUAUCGUUGGAGUGUUUCUUGUUUAUUUACAGUGAUUGGGUGUUGACGUUGUGUUUCAAGUCUGGGUUUUACUACAUGUUUGAUCCCUACAACAGGGAUUUGAACGGGAAUAGGACUGAGGAGGAGGGAAGUGCCGUCAUGAUGAGGUUUUCGGAUGUGGACGCGUUGGCUGAAAAAAUCGUUCGCAAUUUUGAAGGUUUGGAGGAGGAUGUGCGCGAGUUUGUGUUGCUGUUUUUGGAAAUAAGUUUAAGUCCAGUGACGAGUACCCCAAGGCCAAAACUUGCGUGAUUUUUUUGAAAUAAAUACUGUUUUUGGGAUUU